UCCUCGGCGGCUUCUCCGUUUUGAGCCUUCUCGCUCAGUGUGAGGAGGUUUCCGAGCUGCUCUAGACUAGCCUAGCUGGAGAACAAGGCGGCUGUAGCCAAAAUGAUAUGGACUUGAGCGUGGGGGACCAGGAAAUGAGGCUUGCUAAAGUCUUGGGGAUCCUUGGGUGAAGAAAUGAUGAUGAUGAUCAUGGCAUUUGUUAAGCGCCUACUAUGUGCGAAACAUGAGAGGAGGGUCCAUCCUUACCAAAAGGGACAGGUUGAUCAGUCCCGAGUUGCCCAGGGCAGAGCUGGGCUGGGUGAAAUCUUUUCAGGUUCCUUCUAACUUUAAUAUUUUCGGCUCUCAGUUGGACCAAAUUGCCCCACCCCAAGCUCCAUCAGUAAGCGAAGCCUGGGUCAGAGAGAGAAAACAUCUGCCUGACAGCGUCAGACGGCGAUGGCAGAUUGUGGCCACCCGGGGAGGUUCACGGUGAGGAGGCUGGGGCCUUGUUGUCUUUGCUGGGGGAGUACUUUUCACUUGUAGUGAGAGUUGGAAUCCCCACCCCGUGGUGAGGAAGCAACCCCUACGCGUAUCUGGGUGUAUUAACUUCAAGAAAGCUGGCGAGUGAGAAGAUCUGGCAAAGUUAGAUUAAGCCUCUCAGGGUUAAAGCAGGACUCCCUGGCUUCCCUCGCCACGGCUGCUUGCUGUUGCCCAUCUCAACUUCCUCGUGACUCCUGUUUCUUGAGUGGGAGCUGUUUCUUUGCAGACGAUUGAGUGAGCACAACAUGUUCUCCACCUGGAAUCUCAUCCUGAUCCUCGUGAUCCUAGGAAGUGACUGGGGUCGGGCUGAUGUCGUCGAGACCCGUCCCCAGGUGGAAGCCCACGUGGGUGACACUGUCACGCUGGAAUGUGUCUUCCAAAGCACAGAGAAGAAGCAUUUGUCCAAAGUGGAUUGGAAUUUCUUUCCUACAGAGUCAGAGCACGAGGAAGUGAUCCUGUUUUACUACAACAACCUCAGCGUGCCCGUGGGACGCUUCCGAGACCGCGCGCUUCUGACGGGCAACAUUGCGGAGCGCAACGCCUCCGUCGUGCUCCGGGACAUCGGGGAGGCCGACCACGGGACCUAUACCUGCGAGCUCCGUCUAAUCAACGACAGCCGUGUUUUCAAGAACACGACGCUGCUGCGAGUGAUCCCGGCUGAGCCCUGGAGAGCAGUCUUCUCAUUAGGGCACCUUUCCACUGUGUCUUUCCAAGCCCCAGUGACCUUUCAAGCCUUGAGCUCCGAGAGUCCCAUCAGUUACCAGCCUGUGAUCAUCGUGGGGAUUGUCUGCGUCACCAUGGUGCUGCUGGCCCUGCUGUGGGUGGGAACGAGGGGGACUCAGCGCGGUGAAAGCAGCUCAGCAAAGACAGCUGCCCUGGCGAAAAAUCUGGAGAACGUAAGCAAGGAGAACCCGGAGAAACACAUCUACUCCAUGAUCCCCACCUUGGAGGAGCCUGUGGAGGAGGUCGAGCUCAAGACACUGACAGAGGUCACCUACAUGACGAUGAACCCGUGCACCCACCCUCCGGCUCUCAAUCUGCCAGUCCCUGAGUCCAGAGCCCGGGGGAAGCUUCCUGUGGAAUGGAGGGAUGGGAAAGAAGCCGGCGGAGAGAGCUCCCAUUCGUGAUGCCUCUUGGAGGAAGAGGAGGAGGAGGACAUGACCGUGGAAAGGAGUAGCCUCCCCUCCUCUCCCUUCUCCCACCUCUCAAUCCCCACCUUUCCAGGAACUGCCCCUGUGAUGUCCAAACCCCUGCUGGUGCAUGGCUCAGUGGAAAGAGCAUGGGCUUGGGAGUCAGAGGUCAUGGGUUCAAAUCCCAGCUCAGCCGCUUG